AUGGCCGCCUGCGCGGGGCGCGCGGGGCCGCUGCCGCCCGUCGUGCUGCCGCCCGUGACUGCGCCUGCGUCGCCCAGCACCGUCGACGGCGACGCCGACCCGCUGCGCGCGUUGAGCAUGGACUGCUCCGCGCCUGGCCGGGCCGAGGCGUGCGCGCGCGUCGCUGCGUCGACCAACAGCUACGAGGGCAGCGCAGGGACCGCCACCAAGGAACAUCUGGCAGACUACUUGUCCUCUUGGGAGGCGUACGCUGCGGAGGCUGCGGCCACAGGGCGGCAGGUCGACCCUCGCGCGCCCUCCGACCUCGACGUGCUCGCCCUGGACUGCCAGUCCGAGCCUGCGGCCUGCGAGGCCGCUGCCAAGGCCAGCAACAGCUACGAGGGCGGCACGGCCGCCAGCGACAACGCCAUCGCAGAGGCGCAGGCAUACCUGGACUCUCUUGAGGUGUCCGCCGUCGCCGCCGCCGCGGUCGCCGCCUCCCAGGCGGCUGCGCAAGACGAUUCCGCCCCCCUGUCCUCUCUGGCCCUCGACUGCGAGUCCGACCCUGCGGCGUGCGCGGCUGCAUCGGCAGGCACCAACAGCUAUGACCGUCCCGAGAGUUCGCUGCAGCGCGCCCGCGCGGCGGAGGAGGCCGCCCCCGACCUGCUGGGGCACGCUUCGCUGGCUGUUGACUGCUGGGGGCCCGACGGGGACGGCAACGUGGCGCCUGAGGUCGCCCGCGAGUGUGCGCGCAGCCGUGCAGCCAACGAUUACGAGGCACGGCCCCAGCAGCAGGGCCAUCACGCUCACAACCACGAUCACGACCACGCCGUGGCAGAGCACUUGGAGAUCGGCCCCGACGGGCUGCCGGUUGGAGGGGAGACGCAGGGAUUUUACUCAUGGAUUAGCGACGUGGAGGGCGCCAACGAUGCCGAGGUCGCCGCGCACGCCGCCAGCUACAGCGCCGGCGCACGCCGCGCCGCAAGCAUGGGCUAUGACGCGCCAGCUGUCGAGUGGGAUCCAGUUGCCGCUGCUUGCGAGCACCAGCAGGCAGUGGCAAACCAGCUUCAGGAGCAGCGGCGUCUGGCUGAGGUUGAGCACCAGGCGCGCCCGACGGACCGCGCCUACUUCAAGAACCCCUGCAACGACCCCACCCUGCGGGUUUACUACAAAAAUGCGGAUAACAGCCCCGAGUAUCAAAUGGGGCGUGUGUACUACAAGAACCCCGCCAACGCGCCUGACUUCGUUCAAGCGACCCAGGCUUCGGUUGCGCCGGCUGUGCCGUCCCUGCCUGCCGCCAUCGUGUCGUUCUGGCAGGGCCAGCCGCAGGUCCUCGCGGCCAUCGUGAUUGGCCUGCUCGGGACCACCACGCUCGCACUGCUCCAGGGCGGCCGCCCCCGCCGCCUCAAGGCCAGCGCCACCGAGCCUGGCACCGCGUCUGAGAGUGAGAACCUGCUGGCCCCCGCACCGGCAGCAGACCUGGAGGCUCGCAGCGAGGACUCGCCCCGCAAGGUCACGGCCUUCAGCAAGUCUGGAAUCUUCGCCGGCAGCCCCAGCCCACGCAAGGCCGGCGCUGUGCCAAGGCUGCAGCCGGAUUCCCCCUUCCUCGAUGUGUUCCAGACACCCCUGGCGGACGCGUCGGAUGUCAAUGGCCCAGCAGACGCUAAGAUUGAUGGUGUCGUGCUGCAGGCCGAUGAUUCAGCCUUCGGCCUGGCCGGGCACGCCUACCACCAGCUGCUCGCAGGUAACCCAGCCUCCGACAAGCAGCCGCGCUGGCGGCAGUGGAUCGGGACAGCUCAGCUGCCUGCAGCGCCGCAUGCCCAGGUGGACGUCCCAGGCGGCGCUCUAACCGCCCGCAUGCGCCGUGCGCUGGCCAAGCACCCGUCCAUCAAGGCAGCGACUCGAGGACUCCGCGCCGCCCCCAGCGUGCCUCGCCACGAGGCGGGGCUCAAGCAGCAGCCCUCGUGCCCGCCCAACACCUCGACGGGCCAGCACGCGCACAGCGGGCACAGCAGCAGAACUAGCAGCAGCAGCGAGCAGGGGCCGGAGCGGGAGCAGGGGCAGCAGCAGGAGGGGGACCCGGACCUGAUGGACCGCAUGCUUCGCCUGCGGGCGCCCCGCCAGGCCAAGGACCGCUGCCGAGCCUGGCUGGCGACCCAGCAGCAGCGCUGGCACAAGGGCCGAGCUGCGCGCGGUAGCGCAUCUGCCGGUGGCGCUACGCUCACGCUCGUGGUGGAGCGAUGCCGCAGUGGGGCCCGCGUCGAGGGCGGCGAGCACAGCAGCGCGGGCUCUACGGAUGACUGCGUGCGUGUGUCUAUCGGCGAGCCGCCGCUGUUGCCGCCACUGGCCAAGGUGGCGGCAGCUGCAGCUGUGCUUGAGCCGGUGGCACUAAGCGGCACUCGGCGCAGCCACGACGAGUGGCCGGCUGCCAGCGGCAUGUUGCGGCGGCCGUCAGCAACGUCCCUCCGCUCAAUGUCUGCCGCCGCCUCUGACGCCUGGUUUGACGCAGCUAGCUGCUUCGACGGUCAGGAGACUGCCGGCCCCUGCCUACAUGACGAUGUGGAUGCAAUUCUGGCAGACCUCCAGCAGCAGCAGCAGCAGCAGCAGCAGCAGCAGCAGCAGCAGCAGCAGCAGCAGCCCGCGCUGCGGCCGAAUGCCGAUGCGCCGCACGUGCCCAGCCCGCCGCUGGGGCUGGCGGACUGUGAGUACGACUUUGUGGCCGUGCCUGAGGUGACAGGUUUUGCUGGCUACUGGGUGAAAGACUUGCAGCGCACCUCGGCGAACCCGCAGCCAAUUGAUGUGAUGCUUGGAUCCAGCAAAAUGGUCGCCAGGGCGCAUGAGACCAUCCCUGGCAUAUGGUUGCAGGAGGGCCCCGACUUCCUGUCUAUGACCGCCAAGCCCCGCAGCCUGCCCCUGGGCCCCUGGGCCCGCUACUCCGAGACCUUUGCCAAGGACGGCUCCACGACCGCCUGGUCGCUGCGGCGCGACAUCAAGGUCGGCCGCAGCACCGGGCAGAUGUACUUCACGGCCUGCGGGACGCUCAUAUUCCGCGUGUUUGGCCGCGGCGUGUUCUCGUCGGAGCCGGAGUGGGUCUGCGAGGAGUACAGCCGCCUGGAGGACGGCGGGCGGCGCAUCGUGAGCCUGCAGCGCUGCAAGCACUUUCCGAGCGGGCGGGCGGCAGAGCAGUACCUGGUCGGGUCGUACCACGGCCCUGAGCCGCCGCCAGGGCACGCGUGA